AAGCACUUUGACUGCGACGUCUCGCAACAUCACGCUUCGGAGCACUUCGUCAGCACGGUCACGCGUCUGCACAAUCUGCACAAGAACAGUGCGAUCGGCUCUCGCGCCGCAAAGUCCAAGGUCACGGCCGCCCGUCAAGGCUCGACUUCGUACGCGCCAAUAGCUUCGAACAUUCCGCUAUACAUCCACGUCAUUUCUAGCAAGGCUGCAGCAGGCGCCAUCACUCAAAAGAUGGCGGACGACCAAGCUGCGCAGCUCAACAGUGUCUACAAGCCACACGGAAUAUCCUUCGCGUACACUCCGAGCCACACCGACUUCACGGUCAACGACGCUUGGGCCGUUGCGGCUGGUGCCGAUAUGGCUGCGCUCAAGGCCGCGCUGCGCAAAGGCACUUAUUCCGCUCUGAACCUCUACUUCCACACCGAUCUGAAUGGCGGCAUUCUCGGCACCUGCACGCUGCCAAGCCGCGUAACCAAGGGUGUUGCUCCGGCGACUUACGCCUCCGAUGGCUGCAACAUCAACGCCUUUACUAUGCCCAACUCGAGCAUGCUGGGCUAUAACAUGGGCAUGACCGCUGUCCACGAAACAGGCCAUUGGCUAGGUUUGCUGCACACGUUCGAGGGCUACACCUGCUCGGGUAACGGUGACUUCGUUAGCGACACGCCGUUUGAGAGCGUGAGCACGAAUGGAUGCCCGGCAACCCCAAUGAAGAACAGCUGUCCCAGUGUGAGUACUGGUGACCCGAUCCACAACUAUAUGGACUACUCAACGGAUGCUUGCUAUUCGAUCUUCACGCCGCUGCAGGUGGCGAGAAUUAGCAGUAUGUGGACGCAGUAUAGGCAGGGC